GCCAAGGAGGGGAUGUAGUGUUGAACCGAACCCCAAAACCUUCUCCUUUCUUCUUUCGCGAUCUGCGACCACCCUCUCCCACCACAGCCACCUCUUUAGCCAUCUCCGGCCGAUUAACGGCCAAAAGCUCGACGCCAGGUGCUACUAAGCUAUCAUCUGCGACCAUCUAGCACCAAAUAAGCUCCAUUUCUUCGUUCUUUAGGCUCGACACUCAGGAUAGAGAGCGGAAGAGAGAGAGAGCAUUGAUUCCGACCGAUACUCGUGGCUUCCUGCUACUUUACUUCAUUAGAAAAACAACGAUCUCUCCAGAUCUGAUUAGGAUAAACAUCUACAUGUCCUUUUUUGGGAGUAUAUUGGCAUUGGUUGAACUUGAUACUAUGAAUUUGGCAAGAAGAACAUCUAAAACCACUUGACGUGCAACGCGAUUUUUUUUUAUUUUGUUUUUUGAAUUUCUGAAAAAUAUGGAUUACACACCGAGAAACGUGUUUGAUUUGGAAGCAUUUGUUGGGGAUUUGACUGUCGAAGAGGAUAACAGCAGUGAUGAAAUCUCAUUGGAAGGACUUGAGCAAGAAUUGCAAGAAUGCAAAAAUGAUGAUGUGGUCGCAAACAUACUGUCUAAAGGUACAACAUUAAGAGACUACACAAAGGGGGUCGAGAACAAUUUACGACAAGUUGAAUUAGACUCUAUUCAGGAUUACAUAAAAGAAAGUGAUAAUCUAGUGUCUCUUCAUGAUCAAAUUCGCGAUUGUGAUAACAUCUUGUCGCAAAUGGAAACUCUUCUCAGUGGAUUUCAGGCUGAGAUUGGUUCUAUAAGUUCAGAUAUUAAAAUUCUCCAAGAGAAGUCUAUGGAUAUGGGUUUGAAACUGAAGAAUCGCAAGGUGGCUGAAUCAAAACUGGCCAAAUUUGUUGAAGACAUUAUAGUCCCUCCUAGAAUGGUAGACAUAAUUGUCGACGGAGAGGUCAAUGAUGAAUAUAUGAGAACUCUUGAGAUCCUUAGUAAGAAGCUGAAGUUUAUUGAGGUGGAUCCUUUGGUUAAAGGCUCAAAAGCUUUGAAAGAUGUGCAGCCUGAGCUUGAAAAGCUUAGACAGAAAGCUGUUUCAAAGGUCUUUGAGUUUAUUGUUCAGAAGCUUCAUGCACUAAGAAAACCCAAAACAAAUAUUCAGAUUCUUCAACAAAGUGUUCUUUUAAAAUACAAGUAUGUCAUUUCCUUCCUCAUGGAACAUGGCAAGGAGAUAUAUACUGAGGUUCGUGGAGCAUAUGUUGACACAAUGAACAAGGUUUUAAGUGCACAUUUCCGUGCUUAUAUUCAAGCAUUGGAGAAAUUACAGUUAGAUAUAGCAACAUCUAGUGAUUUGAUUGGUGUGGAGACCAGAAGCACUGGUCUUUUUUCGAGAGCAAGAGAACCGCUAAAGAAUCGAUCAGCUGUUUUUGCUUUGGGGGAGAGAAUUAAUAUCUUGAAGGAAAUUGAUCAACCAGCAUUGAUUCCUCAUAUAGCUGAAGCCAGCUCCCAAAAGUAUCCUUAUGAGGUCCUCUUCAGGAGUUUACACAAGUUGCUAAUGGAUACUGCAACUUCUGAGUAUCUAUUCUGUGAUGAUUUCUUUGGUGAAGAAUCAAUAUUUUAUGAAAUUUUUGCUGGUCCAUUUGCUGUUGUUGAUGAACACUUCAAUUCAAUACUACCUAAUUGUUAUGAUGCCAUAGGACUCAUGCUUAUGAUUCGCAUCAUACACCAGCACCAGCUUAUCAUGUCUCGGCGUCGUAUUCCAUGCUUGGACUCGUAUUUGGACAAGGUAAAUAUAGCGCUAUGGCCCCGUUUUAAGAUGGUAUUUGACUUGCAUCUUAGCAGCCUGCGCAAUGCAAAUGUGAAGACGCUGUGGGAAGAUGAUGUUCAUCCUCAUUAUGUCAUGAGGCGUUAUGCUGAAUUUACAGCUUCUCUCAUCCAUCUUAAUGUUGAAUAUGGAGAUGGGCAGCUUGAACUGAAUUUGGAACGGCUGAGAAUGGCUGUUGAUGACUUGCUCAUCAAGCUUGCCAAAACAUUCCCCAAGGCAAAACUUCAAAUUGUGUUUCUCAUAAACAACUAUGAUAUGACAAUUUCUGUGCUGAAGGAAGCUGGUCCAGAAGGUGGAAAAAUUCAAUUGCACUUUGAGGAACUGCUGAAAAGUAAUACAGCAUUAUUUGUGGAAGAGCUGCUGCUGGAGCAUUUUAGUGACCUCAUUAAAUUUGUCAAGACCCGAGGCUCGGAGGAUCCAAGUUCUGGUUCUGAGAAGCCGAUAACAGUUGCGGAAGUUGAGACAAUUGUGAAGGAUUUUGCAAGUAGAUGGAAAGCUGCAAUAGAGCUGAUGCAUAAAGAUGUUAUCACUUCUUUCAGCAACUUCUUAUGUGGUAUGGAGAUCCUGAGGGCUGCAUUGACCCAGCUGCUGCUGUAUUAUACCAGGCUCUCCGAUUGCAUAAAGAGGAUCGUCGGUGGGUCUGCAUUGAACAAGGAUCUUGUCUCCAUUUCUUCAAUCAUGUACGAAAUCAGGAAAUAUUCUAGAACUUUCUAGAUCAUUAAUGUGUACCUGUUGAGGGAUGAGUUGAAAGAGUUGGCAUGCCAAUUUUCGGACAACAGAAGCAAUAAACUGAAGCAGUUCCAGUUGAAAUCGAAGCUAAGCCUGUUCUAGAAUUGUUGUUGCUUUCUACGAGUAUGUGGCUUGUCUGAUUUUUCUAAAGAUUUUGUAACCGGUAACGACAUUCUUUCUAUAUAGUCUUAAUAUCUUAAAACAUUCAAAAUCUAUUACCGUAUUUCAAUAACAUAAAUAUUUAAAAUCCA